AAACCCUCCGCCAUCACCCACGCAUAAACUCCCCAACUUCCAAAUCUCACAUUCAAUUUCAACUCCCCUCUUCCAUUUUUCUCCCUUUCAAAACAUGUCGGCCGGACUCGGAAAAUGCAGCAAAAUCCGCCACAUUGUCAGGCUCAGGCAAAUGCUCCGACGCUGGCGCAACAAGGCCCGAAUGUCCGCUAACCGCAUCCCUUCCGACGUACCCGCCGGACAUGUGGCUGUCUGCGUUGGAACCAGCUGCCGGCGGUUCGUCGUCAGAGCCGCUUACUUAAACCACCCGGUUUUCAAGAAGCUUCUGGUCCAAGCCGAAGAGGAGUACGGGUUCACCAACCAAGGCCCGUUGGCGAUCCCUUGCGACGAGUCGGUUUUCGAGGAAGUCAUCCGGUUCAUCUCCAGAUCCGAUUCGCCCAACUCGGGGCGGUUCGUGAAAUUAGACGAAUUUCAAACUUUCUGCCAUAUCGGAAUCAGAACCGGCCUCGAUUUGUGGCCGGAAUCUCGGCCUUUGCUUCAUGGGUUAGCCGAGAAAUCCAUCUGGUAAUUAAUUUUUGUAAAACGGUCCGAGUGAAAGCGAACAAGAACAAGAACAAGACGAACAAGAAGAACAAAAAACAGAAUGGGGCGAGUCAAAGAUCCAGAUUUGAGUAACCCGAGAUGGGUCGUAAUUUUAAUUAAAUCUAAUGUGGGGGUCCUUUUUUAAUUUAUUCGUUUUUUACUCCCCACAUCCCUGUUGCCACAUAUAUAUAAAGAGGGCAAGAGGAGGAUUAUGGUGAGGGAGUUUUUGUAACCCCCCGGAGAAUGCUUGUGGAGAUGGCAAAAGUGGUGGAGGUAUCAUUUCACCGUGUCGUCCUGAGCUCGAAUCGGAGUCGGGGCGAAACAGAUGAGGAGGGAGAAGAAACCCGAAGGUGUUGCUAAUUUGGCCACAGGUGUGCUUCUGUGUAAAUUAAUUGAUUGAUUGGGAAAUUUGAUGAACCAAUUUGAAAUGCGAGUAUGUUAGUUUGUUUUGAUACGG